AUGUCCAGGAAGAAGACCCCCAAGAGCAAGGGGGGGAGUGUGCCUGCUGCUUCUACGUUGCCCACUGCCGCCAAUCGGUCCCGUCUGGCAUGUCCCAUGACUGCGCGUCCUGGACCAGAGGCGCUGCCCAACGGGACCCCGCAGUCGAGCCGGCCCUCGCUUGGUGGCACUGGAGACUUCUACGACGUUGCUUUCAAGGUCAUGCUGGUGGGGGAUUCUGGUGUGGGGAAGACCUGUCUGCUUGUGCGCUUCAAGGAUGGGGCUUUCCUGGCUGGUACCUUCAUUUCCACUGUGGGCAUCGACUUCCGGAAUAAAGUUCUGGAUGUGGAUGGCACGAAGGUGAAGCUGCAGAUCUGGGACACAGCUGGUCAGGAGCGGUUCCGAAGUGUCACCCAUGCCUACUACCGGGAUGCUCACGCACUGUUGCUACUCUAUGACAUCACCAACAAGGACUCCUUUGACAACAUUCAGGCCUGGUUGACAGAGAUCCAGGAAUAUGCCCAGCAGGACGUGGUGCUCAUGCUGCUGGGGAAUAAGGUAGACUCUACCCAAGAACGUGUGGUAAAAAGGGAAGACGGGGAGAAAUUAGCCAAGGAGUAUGGGCUGCCUUUCAUGGAAACGAGCGCAAAGACUGGCCUCAAUGUGGACUUGGCUUUCACAGCCAUAGCAAAGUAAGUCCUGACAGUCAACACAAACACUGCCCUUAUGUUCCAGGCCAUAAACCUCUAAGAGGUUGCACAGGCCACAUGUGCUCUAUUGUCAUCCCUGCUC